AUGAAUGAAAUGGGUUUCGAAUUCGUUGAUAAUCGAUGUUUGCGACAAAUUUGCCAAAAUACCUUCAAUAAAAACAAUUUAUUCUGUGAAGCAGAUGUAAUAUAUAGGAAGAAUUCAUGGUGGAAAUAUAUAUUGCCAGUAAGUGAAGCAAAAUGUGAUUCCGCUGGCAGAAUGUUCAUUUCCCACGCAAAUCGCGAUUCGCUGGAGAAGAUUUUUUACAAAUAUGCUAGUAAGGAAAAAGAAGGGACUACUUAUCUCGGUUUAUAUCCUGAAGAAAAUUACAAUCGAGAAACAGUUGAACUUCUUGCAAAAGCAGCUGACACAAGUAAAGAUGGUCUUAUAUCGUUUGAUGAAUUUCUCGAAUUUGAAUCCAUUCUUAGCAGUUUUUCGAUGUUAUUCUCAGAUCCAUAUCAUUUCAUAUCAUUUUUUGAAACUAUAGGUCUUCAUAGACUUGAGAAUUUUGGUUCAAUUCAAUUUCGAAUCAAAGAAUUUUUACCGUAUUAUUCCAGUCCUGACGCACUCUACCGGACGGCUUUUGAAAUCUUCAACCAGGAUGCGUCAAAAGCCGUUAGCUGUGAUGAAUUUGAACGAGUUAUUCGACAUACAAGACCGGAAACAAAAAUGGAUUUUGAUUUCAAUUCCCCUUUUAUGAAACGAUAUUUCGGACCGCAACGAAAACGAUUGAUUAAUUAUCGGGAUUUUUGUCAACUGCUUGAUGAUUUCUAUGAUGAACAAGCUUUGCAAGCAUUUAAAAAAUAUGAUGAGAAAGAAGCGGGUUCGAUAUCAUUGUCUGACUUCCAAGGAAUUAUGAAAUCGGUUAAACGACAUUUACUUACUUCUUUCGUUGAACAACAUUUAAUGCAUGUGUCCCGGAAUCUUUUGCAAAAUGAUUGGGUAUCUUUUGCACAUUAUAAAGCCUUCAAUGGUUUGUUAUCGAAGAUGGACUUGAUUAAACAUGUUUAUUUAAGUAUCGCUCGCGGUAAUUUGCAAAUGGAAGUAUCAAGGGAAGAUUUCCUUAGUAUGGCUCAGAGUUAUACCCACGUCACGCCUUAUGAAGUAGAAAUUUUAUUUAAUUUUGCUGAAGCUGCGCAUCCUGGAAAUGGAAAUUUAUCACUGGCAGAUAUAGAAAAAAUUGAUCCGAAACGUGUUAAGCGAGUCUCAUAUAUUACUAGAUUAGCAAAUUUAAAAGCAGUCGAUAAGAAAGAAGAUCGAGGCGUUGGAACCGCGGUUAGAUUUUUUUUUGGUAUUGCAAUUUUACAAUAG